AUGGAGGGAAGUGUGGGUGAUGAUCAGCUGAGGGCAGGUACAGAGCAGCGUAGGAUGAGGAUGAAGGUGAUGGUGGGUAUUGAUGAGAGUGAUGGAAGCUUCUAUGCUCUUAAAUGGGCCAUUGAUAAUCUCUUCACAACAAUGGCUACUGUGGGAGAAGCAACACAUGAGAAUGAAGGAAUGGUGUUUCUGAUUCAUGUUGAACCCAAAGUUCACAACUAUGUGUAUCCCGUUGGACCCGGUGGAGCUGCUUUUUAUCCUGCAUCUGUAGUGGUGGAUUCGGUGAAGAAAGCACAAGAAGAAAGAUCCACAGCUAUUCUCUCUCGGGCAUUGAAAAUGUGCCAUGAUAAGUUGGUGAAAGCAGAAAGCAUAAUUCUGAAUGGGGACCCAAGAGAAAUGAUUUGUGAAGCCGCAGAGCAAAUGCAAGUUAAUCUCUUAGUCAUGGGUAGCCGUGGCCUCGGCACGCUCAAAAGGACAUUUCUUGGAAGUGUAAGCGACUAUUGUGCACAUCAUGCAAGAACACCCAUCCUUAUUGUGAAACCACCAGAGCACAGUAAAAAACAGUAACUGCAG